AUGUUCAAUAUCAAAGUUCUUAUCCUGGUUGCCCUGACCAUCUCCAUGGUUCAGAGUUGUUGCAUCGACGAACCCGAAGAAGUCCAAUGUGGAUGCAACAAGCCGUCAUGCCCCUCAUGCGGAUGCAAGUCCUGCGGAUGUGGAUGCAAGCCCCGUCGUUGCGGCUCCUCGUGUGGGUGUGGUUGUCAGGACUAG